AUGCGUGUGCUCGGGUUACUUUUUUCCUUGGCACUUGCCGACAGAAGUCCGCUAGAAGCAAGAGAUGAUGGGAAGUUUUGGCUGAAUGGCGAGCCGAUUACGCUUGUUUCUGGAUCUAUCCACUACUUCCGUGUGCCCAACGAAUACUGGCUAGACCGCUUGACAAAGCUCAAAUACGCAGGCCUCAAUACCGUCGAGCUGUAUGUCUCGUGGAAUUUGCAUGAGCCUUACCAGGGCGAGUUCGACUUUUCGGGUGACUUGGAUGUUGUCCGUUUCAUCGAAAUGGCCGAGGAACUUGGACUACAUGUGAUCUUCCGCCCUGGCCCGUACAUUUGCGCCGAGUGGGAGUGGGGAGGACACCCGUACUGGCUUCUUCAUGAUACGGAAAUGAAGGUACGCACUACCUAUCCUGGCUAUUUGGAGGCUGUGGAGAACUUCUACCGCGAGUUGUUCGGUCGAGUUAACCAUUUGAUGUACCAAAACGGCGGCCCCAUCAUUGCCGUGCAAAUCGAAAACGAAUACGCUGGAUUUGCUGAGGCACAAAAUAUCGGUCCACUCGACCCGGCUUUCCUCACAUGGCUCCGUCAAUUGAUCAAGGACCAGAACUGCGAAGAGCUUCUUUUCACUUCUGACGGAGGAUGGGAUUUCUAUAAGUAUCAACUCGAGGGAGAUCCUUAUGGACUCAACUUUGACGAUGUUCUGAAAACUGUUAACUUCCAGACAAAUGCGAAUUUAUGGCUAUCCGCCCUUGAAAACGUCCAACCAAAUAAGCCAAUGAUGGUUAUGGAAUGGUGGUCAGGCUGGUUCGACUUUUGGGGCUACCAUCAUCAGGGAACAACUCCGGCCAGCUUUGAGGAAAACUUGCGAUCAAUCUUGAGCGCGAACGCUUCUGUCAACUACUACAUGUUCCAUGGGGGCACCAACUUUGGCUUCAUGAACGGUGCCAAUUUCAACACGAACUCGCAGACUGGCGGGCUCGAGUAUCAACCAGUGAUCACAAGCUACGACUAUGACUGCCCCCUGUCCGAAGAAGGGCGAAUUACUGAAAAGCUGGAUAUUACUCGAACUGUGGUUCAAGAAAUUCUUGGAUUUUCUCCCCCUGAAGAGCGACCUGCUGAUCCCGAGAUAUUUGUUUACGAAACAACGGUGGCUUCUGAGGCGGCAUCUCUCUGGAGAAAUUUGGCCCAAGCUGAAACCUUCGCCUCCGAGGAAUGUAUCGCUAUGGAGUGGUUCCCCGUUAAUCAGGGUCGAGGUCAGCCCUAUGGAUACGCUCUUUACAGAUCUCAAGCUUCGUUUCCAAAAGGAAACAUCACUAUCGACGGAAUGGACAAGGCGCUCUCCGGUCGAGCAAACAUCUUUGUCAACCAAGAACGAGUCUACUCGAUCACCAACACUCCCGGCAACCAGAACAUUCUUUCCGAAAUUCCCGUCGAUAUGCCUCAAUGGGGCAAUGUCGUCGAUCUUUUGAUCGAAAACUCUGGCCGAAUAAACUACAAAAAACUUAACGACGCUUAUAUGGGAUUGAAGGAACAGAUUGGCUUCGGUGGCAAUUUCGACGCUUCUUGGAAUAUCUGGUCGCUUCCUUUCGAUCAGGAGUACAUCGAGAGUCUCAAGUGGGACUCCAAUCCAGUGAUGUUUAUCGACGCGCCUGCGUUUUAUAAAUUCGAUGUGUACGUCGACGAGCCCAUGGAUGCAUUCAUAAACAUGACCAAAUGGGGCAAAGGAGUCGUCUUCAUAAAUGGCCGCAAUUUGGGACGGUACUGGUACAUUGGUCCGCAGCAAACUCUCUACAUCCCCAAGACCUUCCUGACCAGACGCGACUACAAUUCAAUCGUCGUUUUCGAAGAGAUCCAAGCCCCUGAAAUUCGUGAAAUCGAAUUUUCAGCGACUCCGAUUCUCGACGUGAAUCAAGAAGAAUGGCCCCAACCUCAAUAA